CCCGCCCCCAAAACUGGUUUCGGUACGUAUUUGGCCGCAGGUUUCGCCUCGUGGACGACAGAAUCAACGCAAUUGCGGAGGCUAAAGAGACCAAGUCAAACGAGUUUCUUCUUCACCGUGCGAGUACCAUGUUGAGUUCAGAGGAUAGCGAAAGGAAACGACGCUCUAUGAGACUCCGCACAUUUAGCGGGCCCUCACGGGUCCUGCAGGUUAUUGCGCUGCUUUUCGCACUGGGUCUGCAAGUUCCCACAAUCCUCGCCGGCAACCUGACACUAUCCUGCCACCCCCACAUCUGUCCUGCCUCCAUCCGCUACAACGACACCGUCACGAUAACGGCCGCCUGGACGCCAACCACCCCCAACACCGUCCUCCAAAGCGUCGCCCUCUCCUACAGUCUCUACUACGUCCUCCCCAACACCACCAAAGGCACAACCCCACAUACCAUCUCAUAUACCGGCCCGUUCCAACUGAAAGUCGAAGGAUCAAACAACCUCACCUUGUCUGUCUCACCCCGUACGCAGCUGAAUAUGACGCAGCCGCUGCCUGUCCCGGCGGUGAUGAAGGUGACUGUGCAACUGAGGGAGAACAACGAACAUGAUGGGACAUUUGCAGGGGGUGGGUUGCUUGACGGACCGAUCAUGGUGGUGCGGAGCGCAAAUGGGUCGGUGUUUGCGCCCCCGACGCCGAAAACGAUUACCGAGACGUCGACGGUAUCUGCGGCCGCCCAGGCUACACAACCAGUCACCGCUGCUGGACCGGCGCCUACGCCGAAGACGGUGGUGGUGGUGAAGAACAGCGGUGGGGUAGAGAGAGCCUGGGCGCCGGUCGCUUUCAUGGUCCUUCCCGUCACUACGUUGUUUGCACUGGCGCUGUGAUUUCUGUGAUUCUUGUUCUGUGCUCUUUUUGGAGGACUUUCUAUGACUUUGAUUUUUCGAGGGACUUUCUCGAUUCCUUUGAGGAAUUUGGCGUAUAUACCGACGUUUUGUUGCUUCAUAGACCCUAGACACUUUCACCAUCUGUAGAAACUUUC